AUGACCGAAGCGGCUAUUUUCGAUGCGAGGACGAGUGAUGGGGUGAAGUUUGGGAGGGAGUUGAGGAAGAAGGAGUUUUUGUUUGACGAGGGGUGGGUGAAUUUGAAUCAUGUUGAUGAUCCCAUUAUCUCCUCUAUCCUCAUCACAAACACUUCGGAAGCCACAAUCCGCGCAUCAGACCCUCACGCACUUUCAACUUUUUCUCCCAAGCAACACCCCUACUCCUCACCACAUCCCUCCAUUAACGACAAUCCCCACCACCCAGGCUCCUUCGGCACCUACCCCUCCCCUAUCCGCACUGUCCUCCGCUCCUACCAAGACGCCGCCGAAGCCCGCCCCGACCACUUCAUCCGCUACCUCUACCCACCCCUCCUAACCGCCUCCCGCGCCGCCCUCUCUACCCUCCUCAACGUCCCCGCCUCCACUCUCGUCUUCGUCCCUAACGCCACAACCGGCAUCAACACGGUCCUGCGCAAUUUGACCUACUCCCCCGGCGACCACAUUCUGUACUUUGACACCAUCUACGGCGCCUGCGAGAAGACCGUUGCGUACAUUACUGAGACGACAGCGGCCGAGAGCGUCAAGAUCAAGUAUACGUAUCCUGUGGAAGAUGAGUGGUUGGUUGGAGAAUUGAGGAGGGUGGUGGGGGAGGUGGAGAGUAGCGGGGGAAAGGUCAAGGUUGCGGUGUUUGAUACCGUGGUUAGUAUGCCCGGGGUCAGGAUGCCGUUUGAGAGGUUGGUGGAGGUGUGUAGGGAGUUGGGGGUAUUGAGUUGUGUGGAUGGGGCGCAUGGGGUGGGUCAUAUCGAUUUGGAUUUGGGGGCAUUGGGGGCGGAUUUCUUUGUGAGCAAUUGUCACAAAUGGCUCCACGUCCCCCGCGGCUGCGCAGUCUUCCACGUCCCCACAAAAAACCACCACCUCAUCCGCACCACCCUCCCCACCUCCCACGCCUUCAUCCCAAAAUCCAGCUCCCACAACAUCCCCUCCCCGCUCCCCUCACCUCCCUCCCUAUCCACCACUACAAACACACCACCACCAACAUCAUCAACAUCAUCAACAACCUCCCCCUUCACCCUCGCCUUCGACUUCGUCGGCACAAUCGACAACGCACCCUACCUCUGCGUCCCCACCGCCCUAACCUACCGCACCCAACACCUCGGCGGCGAACAAAAAAUCCGCACCUACUGCAGCACACUCGCCCUCGCCGUGCUGCAUGGCGAAUGUGCGGUUGCCGCUCGAUGUGGGCGGCGUGAGGCAGCAAACUGCGGGGAUGGCGGGGGCGAGCGAUGA